CAAGGGGCGGGGCUGGGAGUGCGGCUUGCUGCUCCCCGGUUUCUGCUGCUGCUGCCGCCGUUGCCGCUCAGUCAGGCUGUGCGAGCCGGGAGGGGGUCACGGAGUCGGGGAGUUGCCGCCAUCGCAAUGAACAAGGACCUGCGCAGGGAGCGUGACUCGGCCUCCUUCAACCCCGAGCUCCUCACCCACCUCCUGGAUGGGGGCGCCGAGCGGACCCGGCGCCGCAGGGAGAUCGAAGCCUUAGUUCUGAAUGAUCCAGACUUCCAGCAUGAGGAUUUGAAUUUCCUCUCCCGCAGCCAGCGCUAUGAAGAGGCCAUCAGGAAGAGCGCCCGGAUGGUGGUGAAGCUAAGAGAGUAUGGGAUUGCAGAUCCUGAUGAAAUCUACUGGUUUAAAAGAACUUGCCUGGGCUCUUUUGUUGAACCUUUAGGUCUCCACUUCAGCAUGUUUACAAACACCUUACAAAACCAAUGCACUGUUGCUCAGCAAGACAAAUGGCUACCUCUGACCUAUGGACUCCAGAUAAUUGGAACCUAUGCCCAGACUGAGAUGGGCCACGGAACUCACCUUCGAGGCUUGGAAACCACUGCCACCUAUGACCCCGCUACCCAGGAAUUCAUCCUCAACAGCCCCACUGUGACCUCCAUUAAGUGGUGGCCAGGUGGACUUGGAAAGACCUCAAAUCAUGCCAUAGUUCUGGCUCAGCUCUACACCCAGGGCCAAUGCAAAGGGCUGCAUGCCUUCAUUGUACCCAUACGGCAGCGGGGCACCCAUGAGCCCUUGCCAGGUAUUACUGUGGGUGAUAUUGGGCCAAAAUUUGGUUAUGAUGAAAUGGAUAAUGGCUACUUAAAGAUGGACAACUUUCGCAUUCCCCGGGAGAACAUGCUGAUGAAGUAUGCCAAGGUUGAACCAGAUGGCACGUAUGUGAAACCAGUCAGUGACAAGCUGACUUAUGGGACUAUGGUGUUCAUCCGAUCCCACAUUGUGGGAGAUUCUGCUCGCUCGUUGUCCAGGGCUUGUACCAUUGCCAUCCGCUACAGUUCAGUGAGGCACCAGUCUGAGCUAAAGCCAGGGGACCCGGAGCCUCAGAUCUUGGACUAUCAGACCCAACAAUACAAACUCUUUCCUCUCCUGGCAACUGCAUAUGCCUUUCACUUUGUUGGAGCUUACAUGAAAACGACCUAUCACCGCAUCACUGGUGACAUCAACCAGGGGGACCUGAGCGAGCUGCCAGAGCUCCAUGCGUUGAGUGCAGGACUAAAGGCAUUCACUUCAUGGACAGCCAACGCUGGCAUCGAAGAAUGUCGAAUGGCAUGUGGUGGGCAUGGCUACUCUCGUUGCAGUGGCCUUCCUGAUAUCUAUGUCACUUUCACCCCAUCCUGCACCUACGAGGGAGAAAACACUGUCAUGAUGUUGCAGACUGCUAGGUUCCUGAUCAAAAGUUACACCCAGGUUAGUUCCGGUAAGCUGGUUAGUGGCAUGGUGGCCUACCUUAAUGACCUCUCAGGACAACACAUCCAGCCACAGCAGGUGGCUGCUAGGCCUACAACAGUGCACAUCAAUGAUCCAGCCAGCUUGGUGGAGGCGUAUAAACUGCGGGCGUCAAGGUUUGUUGAAGUGGCAGCAAAGAAUUUGCAAGCUGAGCUGAACCGCAGGAAGAGCCAGGAGGAUGCCUGGAACCGAACCUCUGUUGACCUGGUGCGAGCAUCUGAGGCACACUGUCACUAUGUGGUGGUGAAGCUUUUCACAACACAGCUCUCGGAAAUUAAUGAUGCAGCUGUCCAUGCUGUGAUGAACAAUCUGUGUCUCCUGUAUGCGCUCUAUGGAAUCAGUAAGCACACAGGGGAUUUCCUGCAGGCGGGUAUUUUGACAGAUGCACAAGUUACUCAGGUGUACCAGCGUGUGAAGGAGCUUCUGGCUGCAAUCCGUCCCAAUGCUGUAGCACUAGUUGAUGCCUUUGAUUUUCAUGAUAAUCACCUUGGAUCUGUGCUUGGCCGGUAUGAUGGCAACAUCUAUGAGAAUAUGUUUGCAUGGGCAAAGAAAUCCCCACUAAACAAAACAGAGGUUCAUGAGGCUUUCCACAAGCAUCUGAAGCCAAUGCAAGCCAAGCUGUGAAAAUGUGUUUUCAAAAACACACUAUUGUCCAGCUCUAAAAACUGGAUGUCAUUGCUUUUCUUCAGGCACCUGAAUCAAAUCUUUGAAAUCCCAGUAACUGUAGGACAGUAAAUAAUUUGUAGCCUCUUUCCAUUUUUAUAUAUUGACAGGGUGGGGGAAAUUAGAGAGAUUGCAUAAGAAGUGGAUGUGGUUUUUUAAAGUGCAAUUAUAAUCCUUGAGAAAUGAUCCUUUUAAGCAUUAGGGAAAGUUGUACAGAUUCAUACAAGCCUUCCAUUUGUGAAGCUGCUAACUGCAGAGGUCACUCAUCUGGAAAGCAUAGCAGGAUUUUACUACUAAGUAGUUAACUGCAUUCAAGCAAUAGCUGCUGACGAACAGCUGCGUCUUGUUAAAAACCACACUUUUAACUCAGCAACACCCUUCUGCCACCAUGGUGCACCCCAAUAUACACACACAGCUGCUGACUGAAUCAUCCUGCAUCUUGCUGUGCACAGUGAUGCUUACGUGAACUGGUUAGGAUCCAAGGGUUUACGCAGGGAGUUGGGUCUUAAUCAAAGCUCUGUGAUAUUCUCCAUUUUAAUCCAUCUCUCUCCCAGUUAAUUACUCCUGUCUCCCUGGGCACAGCACUGUCCUUCAAGCAGGGGUGCCUGAACCACCUCCUCUGCAGCAGGACCUUCCAGAUGCACUUAGGAAUUAUAUCCCCUUUUUUUUCCUCUGGAGCUCAAUCAAAUCAACCAGUGAGCUUUCCCCAUGGUAUUCCAUUCCAUCCUUUCUUCGACCCGCAAACACCCCCUUUACACCUCCAUAUCCCAUGUCCAUCACUGGCACCCUCCCCUCUUUGAGGCUCUCAACUAAUGGCAGCUUUGGAGAGAAAACAGUGGCACUAUUCUGUCUCCUCUUCCCCCACCAAGGCACAUUUCAGCCAGGAGCAAGUUAAUGAGAGUUCUGCCAUCUUUUUAAUCUUUAGCUUUUCCGUAGUACUUCACAUCUGCAAAGCACUUUACAAAUACUAAUAUAUAGGUAUGCUGGCAAAAGCCACAUUUGCUGGUGGGAAAUUGCAAACCUGACCAAUUGUGCAACUAGUGCUUGCCAGUAAUUGAUAGCAAAAGUUGGUUGGUUUGGGGUCUUUUAGCCCCAUUGGUCUUGCUCUGUGAUGUACUGUAUCCAAACGUGUGUUGCAUGGAAACUCUCAACAGUCUCUCCUGGUGCAACGGUUCUCAAACUUAUUUGAUCAGGCCCCUCCUUCUUUGUGUCUAGUCAUUUGUGCGCUCCGGGGUAUAAACCACCACCCAGCUCUGAAGGCAGAGCAGCAGCUGCUGGCUGGCCACCCAGCUCUGAAGGCAGUGCCAUGCCAGCAGCAGCACUGAAGUAAGGAUCGCAACGCCCCAUUACCACCCUUAUUCCGUCUGUGCUGCUGAUUCCACCCCAGGGCUGACAGCCAGAGCCCUGUCACCUCUAGAUGAGGAAUUGAGCAAGUGGGGGAAGGAAAGCCCACAUGGCUCCAGCUGUCCCCUUUAUCCCUGCCUCUUGUGUGUGCACAGCCCUUCUGAAUGAGCCCCAGCCACUCAGGGCUAACAGCCAGAGCUCUUUUAAAAAUCAAAACCCUCAGCACAUUCCUGCGCCUCCCUUGGGAAGCCCGCCCCAUAGUUUGAGAACUGCUGUCCUAGUGGAACAUCUGCUGUCUUUUCCCCGUUAACUUCCAAUGAGCUUUCUCUGAAAUGUUUUUAAAUGUUCCUUUUAGUACUGAAUUGAGACUUACACAAUUGCUUUCUGUAUUAACAGAUUAAAGACUUAGCUUUUAACCAAUCCUCUGGGAAAUCGUAGUCAUGAAAACCAGAAAACGGUUUCUUAAGUUUGUCCUCUUACAGAAAUCCUUUUUCCAAAACAAGUGAUGUUUAAAGAGCUCCCUUCAUGAUAAGCUGUAAUCUUGUGGUCCAGAGAUGAGACUAAACCUCUGGAGCAGCUGGGUCUCUAAGUGUUCUGGCACCCUGUUGUGAAAGCCUCUAGCUUUGGACAACAUUUCCACAGAGUCAUUUUUGCACUAAUCUCUUCAACUAGAAAGGGUAGCCCAGUGUAUUAAACCUGGACUGAAAUACAUUGACCUGGAAGGUUCAGCAGCAAAAAGUUUUGAUUUUUUUUUUAAAUUAUGUAUCUUCUGUGCUGUUCAGUAUAAGAAGUGUGCCCUUGCCUUCCACUUAAUUCAGUGGAACACUGAAGGGGCAUUGGAGAAUCAGCAGGGGAAGGGUUAAAGACUGAUAAAGAGAACAUCACUAGCAGAAUAUAUGUACAGACUUAAUAAACUACAGAAACUCAUUUUCAAACAAAACAGUUGCAAAUUCUUUCAUUUUCUAACUCUUGUGCAUGUGUCUGCAUUGAUUCUUCUAACACAUUGGCUGGAGUAGAAUAGUCUAUUAAUAAACUGAUAAGAUUGGAGCCAAACUGGGCUCUUCUUGGUGGGGACAGGUUCUAGAGCUGCUACCAAUCAGCAGUGCAAAAAAUCAGAUGGCUUUAUCUUUCAGCCCAACUUUAUUACUAAACUUCCUAAAACAGUCUAUGUCAGAUCAAUUUGUUUUCAAUUAACUUAUUUUUAACGUUACCUUCUACUCUGAUUCUCAGAGCACUCUAGAACAGUAAACACAAUAUAGCAUAGUACUAAUGAUAGAGUAAAGGUAGCUAGAAACUUCUUUAUUGAGCAGAAGCCUUUUUUUUUUUUAAAUUGCCAACACAAAUAUCAGCUCAAAAUAAAUAGGGCAAAACUAUCAAUUGUUAGCAAAUGGUGUCUGCUUUGUUUAUUUCUAAUGAGCUACAACAAUUUUAAUGAUUCACCCAAUCUUUUCUGAACUGAUUGUUAGUUAAUCCUCUUAAAAACUAAAUGUUACCACUUGGCAGAAAUGAUAAAUUGUAAUAUUGAUAAUGGCUGAAGCAUGUCAAUUUAUAGCUUGUCACGGUGCUCUACCAUGUUAACUCAUUGCUUUUGCACAACAAAAUUAAAUCAAUUGUUUCCUGAA